CCUAUCUAAAAUGUAAACAAUGGACAAACUGUUGAAAUUUAUGAGUUUCAUUGGCGAUCUAAAGAGAGUGAAGAGAACUGGUUGGGUUUUGAGAAAAGUAAAAGACCCGGAGUCGGUGGCUGAUCAUAUGUACAGAAUGGCCCUUCUAUCAUUCCUAGUGGAUCCUUCCUCAGGUCUCAAUAAAGACAGAUGUAUCAAGAUAAGUCUGGUCCAUGAUCUUGCUGAAUGUAUCGUGGGGGAUCUUACUCCUCAGGACGAAAUUCCAAAGUCUGAGAAACAAAAGCAGGAAAUGGAAGCCAUGAAACACAUCUGCAGUUUGGUUCCAGAGGAAGUGGGUCAAGAGCUCUAUGAAUUAUGGGAGGAUUAUGAAUUUCAGAAGAGUGAGGAGGCUAAAUUUGUUAAGGAUCUGGACAAAUUUGAGAUGAUUCUUCAGGCACACGAGUACGAGAAACUCAGCGACAGCCCAGGGAGGCUACAGGAAUUCUUCAAUAGUACAAAGGGAAAGUUUAAAACAUCACAGAUUAAGGACUGGGUGGAGAAGUUAAACACAGACAGAUGUUCUAGUGGAUCAUGACAGAAUAAAAUUAAUAUUUUCUCAAA